CGUCCCUUCCUUGUUCCUCCCUCACACUUACGCCCCAAAGUGGGGCAUUUUGUCGACACUGCGACGGCUGACUGGCUGCAGCGGACCUCCUCUUGGCACAUCUCCCGAUGUUGAACGAAGGCGGGGCAGACACGAAGACGUCCUGACUGAGCGUAUCCCAACCCCUGCCUUCCCUAUCCGUUGGUCUAUUCGUACCUACUAACCCCCAGUGACUUACCUACUCGUAGGUGCCUUGGUAGUGUAGUAUAUCUUGCCCUUACUGAGAAUGAAGCGCGGAAUGUAGAGCUGAGGUACUUAACUGCAAUUUACCUUGCUCCUUACCCGGCUGCAUAUCUGGGUAGGUGCUCCUCACAUCGUGUACAUCGCAUGUACCCAACCCCAUCGUUUCAAGUCGUCGUUUUCAUCAAAAGCCGCCGCCGCGCCCAUCGCUCAACCCCGGACCCGUUCGGCAUGCGACAGAUCCAAGAUUGGGCACGGUUCAACAGGGUAGAUGGCUACAUUGCACCAGGACCAAGCAAGGGUGGAGGGGUAGAGCAGCAAGGGGGAGGGGAGCCCGCGGGAAUCAAACGCAGCAGCAGCAGCAGCCUGCAUUCCACCACCACCACCACCAUCAUCAUCACAAUCAUCGUACUGCCGCACCUCGCCGCUGUACACGACCAAGUCGUCAAGGUCCGGCGACAGCUAUUGGAAACUAAUGACAUAAGGACCGCCUGUUGUCAUCGGUCUGAUGUGCCAGGUUGA